AUGGGUGCCGACACUUUCGAGCUUGGUGGAAGACAGUUUCCUCGGGUGACCUGGUGGAAAAAUCCAAGCAUGCGCAAAACCUAUAUCUGUCUCAUGUUUGUUGUCCUGACCUCGGCCACGAACGGAUAUGAUGGUUCGAUGAUGAACGGACUGCAGACCUUGGCACCGUGGCAGGAACACUUCAACCACCCCAGCGGAUCACUCCUUGGAAUCCUCAGCGCUAUUCUGUCCCUUGGCUCAAUUGCCGCCUUACCUGUUGUGCCCUAUACAGCUGAUUUGCUGGGCCGCCGGAUGGGGAUUCUAAUCGGAUGUUCAAUUAUGAUAAUGGGAGUUGUCCUUCAAAGCAUCAGCGCCAACUAUGGAAUGUUUUUGGCCGGUCGUUUCUUCAUUGGAUUUGGUGUCGCCAUUGCCCAAGGAGCAUCGCCUCUGUUGAUCGCUGAGCUCGUUCAUACUCAGCAUCGUGCGAUCUUCACGACGAUAUACAACACAACGUGGUAUGUGGGCGCCAUUGUUGCCGCAUGGCUCACAUUCGGUACCAACAACAUCACGAACAAUUGGGCCUGGAGAGCCCCGACUAUUGCGCAGGCUGUACCAUCUUUGAUCCAGAUAUUCUUCAUCUGGUUCAUUCCAGAGUCUCCACGUUUCCUUGUUUACAAGGGCCAGAGCGAGAGAGCUCUCAAGGUUCUGGCUGAUUGCCACGCAAACGGGGACCAAGAGGAUGAGGUUGUUCAAUUGCAAAUGGAAGAGAUCCGGGAGACAAUCAGGCUGGAGAAGGAAUUUGAGAGCAAUUCAUGGCUUGAUUUGAUCCGUACGAAAGGUAACCGACACCGCAUGAUCAUUCUUAUAUCUGCCGGUCUCUUCUCGCAGUGGUCCGGUAACGGGCUUGUCUCAUACUAUAUCGUCAAGAUCCUUGACAACAUUGGAUACACCGACCCUGUUGAACAAAACUUGAUCAAUGGCUGUCUUCAGAUCAUGAACUUCAUUGUUGCCUUGACAAUGUGCUUCUUCGUGGACAAGCUUGGCCGCCGCAGGCUGUUCCUCAUUUCAACAGCUGGUAUGUUGGUGGCAUUCAUCGUAUGGACAAUUUGCUCGGCUCGGUAUGAUGAGGCGGGCAACCGGGCGGCGGCAAACUCUGUGAUUGCAAUGAUUUACAUUUACUACCUCUUUUACAACAUUGCAUGGUCUGGUCUGCUCAUCGGAUACACUGUGGAGAUCUUGCCGUACAGUCUCCGCGCCAAGGGUAUGACAGUGAUGUGGUUGUGCGUUGAUGCUGCACUCUUCUUCAACCAAUACGUCAACCCUAUCGCACUGGAUAACCUGGGCUGGAAGUACUACAUCUUCUACUGCGUAUGGCUCGGCGUCGAGCUGACCGUGGUCUGGUUCUUCUACGUUGAGACGCGCAACACACCUCUUGAAGAGAUUGCGAAGUACUUUGACGGCGAUGCGGCAAUGGUUGGAGGUGCCGGGGGCACGGAGAAGGCACGAGAGCUGGCGGCUGUGAUUCAUGUUGAGGAAACUGUUUCCGAGUCUCGGGGAGAAAAGGCUUGA